UCAAUAAAUUAUAAGAUAUUGCUUUAUUUUAUUUUUAAUAAUACAUUUAAACAAUAAGUCAUGACCAUAUUUUUAUAUUGUUAAAUACUGUGCUCAUAUACUAUUUAAUCUACUGUUAAUAUUUGAUUAUUACUUUUUUAUGAGUUCAUUACCAAAUAAUUUUUUUUUCUCUGUUGAAAUGGAUGACUCAGUGAUUUCACAAUCAUCAUCUGAUUCAGCAUCAUCUGCAAGUUCAACAUCAAUAUCUGAUAACUUCUUAACAAUAAAUGAAAACAAUCUGAAUGAAAAUAUUAUUGAAAAAGAAAUUGAAAAAUGUAAUCAAAUGUUAAGAACUACCAAAGAAUGUAGUAAAGAGCGUAUGAGACUUGUUAGAAGAUUAGUUGAACUGAGAUUCAAAUUAGUAAUGGUAAUAGAAAUGAAUGCUUUAGAAAACAAAGAUCUAAUUAGUACAACUAAAGUGAUUUUUGGUCAUCAUUUAUCUCCUAUAUGGAAACUUACUUGGUUGGAAAAUACAUUUUGUGAUGUAUGUACAAAACCUAUUUGGAAACACAUGCAUCAGCUAUACCAAUGUACUGAUUGUGAAUACAAAUGUCAUAUAUUUUGUGUGGAACAAAUUAAAAGAGUUUGUACAGCUGUUACUGCUAGCGAAAAUUCUAUGAUUUUCACUAUAUCCCCAUACAGUGGAUUGUUAUCUCAAGAUUACAAAUGUGCAGAAUGUCAAUCUUACAUCCGAAUCCGCAACUUACAAAUUUCACCAGAAGAUACUCUUUCAUUAGAGGCUCGUUUAUGUGAUUAUGAUGGCAAAUUUUACUGUCCUUUACACCAUUGGAAUAAAACUGCUAUAAUACCAGCUCGUGUUAUAUGUAAUUGGCAAUUUGAGGAAAAGGGAGUGAGUCAGGCUUCUUUUCAACUACUUAAUUACAAGUAUAAAUCAAAAAUGUAUGAUUUAGAAAAACACAAUCCUAAACUUUUCAUGUAUCUUGAAUCACUUAGUCAAAUUAAGAACAUAAAAAAUAAUUUAGUGAAAAUGAAAAAGUAUUUAGUUUUGUGUAAACUUUGGAACUCACAGUUAAAAAAUAUGUCUUCUAGAAAUCACCAAUUGUUAUAUGAUGGCAACUUAUAUAGUAUGAAAGAUAUGGUUGAUAUAAAAUCGGGAGUUUUUUUAGAGGAUUUAAAAAAAACUAUAAAAAUAUGUGAAAAACAUAUACGGCAUGAAUGUGAAAUUUGUAAAAAUCAAGGCUAUAUUUGUGAAAUUUGUCAAAAAGACAUUAUAUUAUUUCCAUUUGAUGAAGAUGCUGAUGAAUGUAAUAAGUGCAAAAAUGUUUAUCACAACCAAUGUUGGAAAACUCGAGAUUUUUGUCCCAAAUGUAAAAGAAUUGAAACUCGUAAAAUUAAAGAAUAUCUAUGAAUGAAAUGAUAAUAAAAAUUGAACAG